UUUGACUUCCAAGAUCAACACGCUUAGACUUUCCGAUUGGAGAUUCCGAUUCAUAAAAUCUGAAUCCCUAUAUAUAGCCGCCAUUUUCAUUAUCCAUACAGAUUCAGCACCAUCCUCCUCCUCUUUCGAGCAUCCUAGAUUAGACCAAAUGGUGAAAACUGCAAAUUCAUCGUCAACCUCACAGCAGGCUUCAGAGCCCAAGUAUACCGGCGUCAGAAAGCGAAAAUGGGGGAAGUGGGUGUCAGAAAUCCGGCUGCCAAACAGUCGGGAAAGGAUAUGGUUAGGGUCAUAUGACAGUGCUGAAAAGGCGGCGCGUGCGUUCGAUGCUGCUUUAUACUGUUUGCGGGGACCCAGUGCAAGGUUCAACUUUCCGGAUAACCCACCAGACAUUGCUGGUGGGGAAUCGCUUAGUCCACAAGAAAUACAAGUUGCUGCUGCUAGGUUUGCUAAUGAAACAAGAAGUAUUACUGCCACUCCUACUGCUAAUAGUAGUACCACUAGUACCAGCACUAGCAUGCCUGAACUAUCAUCCCAAUUUAUGGAUCACUACUACGCAUCCGCAUCUUCAGCCUCUGAUGGUGCAAUCCAAGUGGACAAUGCAAGUGAUCGUACAGGAAUAGAUUGGUCGUUCCUCGAUGUGCUGGAUUUAAAUGAAGGUUCAGAAUUUGGACUUUAUCCAAGCCUGGGAAAUAAUUACAGUGAUUAUUAUCCACCACCACCAUCCAUUUUUGAUGAUGGCACUAGGGACAAUAACGAUGACGACGACCAUGAAAAUGAUGGGAAUGAAGCUUAUUCUCAACCAUCAUUUUUAUGGAACUUCUAGUUCUUCUCUUUAUGCCAAGGGAAGAUGGUUCCAUCAGUAUUUCGGCUAAUUUUAGCUGCUGAGAUCACUGAUUCUUUUUAAUUUUUUUUCGGGGGGCCGUUGAUAUUUAUUUUCAGGGGAGGGUAAGUGGACAAGUUAUUUUUUUGUGUCUUCUCCAGAAUAUACAUAUACAUAUAGAAAAAUAUAUGUAUAAUUAAGGCACUCUAGAAGGACCAAAGCCAAAGCAAUGGUGUACAUUUAUAGUAUGAAGCCAUUUUUCUAUGGGGAGGGAUAUUCUACUAUAUAUUUAUACGUAACAUAAUUUUUUAUAUCCUGAAAUCUUUUUCUUGUCCUACACAAGUUCCUAUAAUAUAAUGUUUUUUUCCCAUGUUUCCUCUC